AUGAUACCUUCAAACACCAUUUGUGUAUCUCAGGAGGGUCCAGCGAAUGCCUUAGCACUUAAUAAAGAUUGUACACAAGUCGUAAUCGCUGGCAGGAAUGUAUUCAAAGUAUUUUCGAUUGGUGAAAAUGAAUUUUCCGAAGUAUGCAACCUACGGGUAGGCAAGAAUUUAAACUUAAAUUUCUCAUCCAUUGAUGUAGCAUGGAGUACUAUUGAAGAGAACACAUUAGCUACAGCAGCAACCAAUGGAGCUGUGGUUGUGUGGAACCUGGGCAGGUCGGGAAGGUCCAAGCAGGAGCAUGUGUUCUCAGACCACAAGAGAACCGUCAACAAGGUCAGCUUCCACCUGACAGAGCCGUCUCUUCUCAUAUCAGGCUCCCAGGAUGGCAUGAUGAAGUACUUCGACCUCCGCAUGAAGGAGGUAGCUAGAACUUUCAUAAGUAACACCGAGUCUAUCCGUGACGUUCAGUUCAGUCCUCACGCGGCGCACGUGUUCGCAGCGGUGUCGGAGAACGGCACAGUUCAGCUGUGGGACGCUCGCAGACAUGAACGAGCCAUGCAUCAGUUCACAGCGCAUUCAGGGCCUGUGUUUGCCUGUGACUGGCAUCCUGACGUGCCGUGGCUGGCCACCGCCUCCAGGGAUAAGACCAUCAAGGUGUGGGACAUCCACGCUCGGCCCAACCUGGAGCACACUAUAUACACCAUCGCAUCAGUGGGACACGUCAAGUGGAGACCGCAGAGGAAGUUCCAGGUGGCGUCGUGUGCCCUGGUGCUGGACUGCGCGGUCCACGUGUGGGAUGUGAGGAGGCCGCACGUGCCGCUGGCCACGUUCGCGGAACACCGUGACGUCACCACCGCCAUCGCCUGGCAGGCCACGCCGCACGCCUUCCUCUCCACCAGCCGGGACUGCAGCCUGUACCGCCACAAGUUCAGCGAGGCGGCCCAUCCGGUGCUGUGGGCCAACCCCCAGGCGGUGUGUGUAUCGGCUCGCGGUCAGCUGGCCAGCGCUCUCCCGGACGCCCCCCUCCCCCGACCGCGGACCUGCGCCCCCGAGAGACUCGUGCCCGGCCUCGGUCGUAAGCAGCCCACGGCAGGAUCGCUAAGUGCAUCUGCGCAGGCGGCCUUAGAGCGCGCGUUCCCGGGCAGCGCGUCCUCCUCCCUGGCCCGUCACAGUCCCGUGUCCUCCCAGGAGCAGCCGGUGUUGUCGUGCGCACACCUGUACCGUAUCCGCGGCCAGCCGCCUCAUAUUCUGGCCGAGCACAACGCGAAGGUCGCGCGUGAUCACCAACGAUACAUGGUGAGUCACGUAUGGGAGGUGGUCCGCAGCGUGUACAGCGCCCGCGCCGUCCGCAGCGCCCCCGCCCCGCCGCCGCCCCGCGCCCCGCCACCCGUCGAAGACACGCCGCCCCUGCCACCGUACAGCGCCGUCGAAGAGGAACCUCUCGAGGAAGUCGAGGAGUGGGAGAACCGUCUGCACCAGCACAGCGGCGUGCUAGGACUACCGACACAUGCUGUUUAUAUACCGCCGGCCAAAUACGCCAGGGAAGGAGAGAACGGCGGCUGGGUGUCGGCGGCGUCGGCUCACUACGUGGACGUGGAGGCGGCGGACUGGACCCUCCCGGACGAGGCCUUCCCUCUGAGGGCCCCGCCCGCACCCCCCGCACCCCCGCCAGCAGCCUCGCACACGAGACCCAACGAACACGAACAUGACACAGGUCGGGCUACACGCAUUCACACUACAGAGUGCAAAAUUUUAAACAUUCUGGAAAUUGAGUCAGUGGUGGCAGGAGGCCCGGUCGUCACCGGACCUGCGGGUCCCUCGUCCCCCGGCUCCUCGGGCUCCGGCACGGGCUCCAGUCGACACGACGGACUACAGCGGUCGAGCAGUCAGAACUGUGGCAGCUCCGAGGGAGAGGGGGGCGAGGGCGGGGAGGGCGUGGAGGGCGGGGCGCUGUGUGUGCGGGAGGGGGCGGGCCGGGGCGCCGGGCGAGCGGCCCUCGACCCCGCGCCGCUGCUGGCCCUGGCGCUGCGCCUGCACGCGGACCUCGGGGACGUACAGACGGCUGCCGUGGUCUGCCUGGCGCUACAGGACCACCGGAGCGACCUGUUCCCGUACAUCGAGGAGAGCCUGCAGGAGCAGUGGCUGCUGGGCUACAUCGAGCUGCUGCAGCGACACAAGCUGUACAACGCGGCCACCGAGGUGAUCCGCUGCUCGUGGGUCAGCGGCGUGUGGUCCCUGUCGCAGCAGUCCACCAGCGUGGCGGCGUGCUGUGCGCGCUGCGGCCGCCGCACACGGCCGCGCGCCGCCUGUGACUGUUCGCCGCGUGCGCCGCCCGACCUGUGCGCCGUGUGCCACCAGUGCGUGCGCGGCCUGUACGCCUGGUGCCAGGGCUGCGCGCACGGCGGACACCUGCGGCACGUGCAGGCCUGGCUCAAGGACCACCAGCUGUGCCCGGCCGGCUGCGGACACGCCUGCCAGCUCGCAUGA